AUGAAGUGUGUGGGUAUAUUUUUGAUUAUAUCCGUGGGAUUACUGGCCUUGGCUCAGGCAGAUUCGGGUAAAGGAAGGUGCCCACGAGCCUGCACAAGGGAUUAUAGGCCUGUUUGUGCCGAAUGGCGAAGGGGUGUUGUACGUGCCAUAGUAAGCCGUUGCACUUUCUCCAAUAGGUGCGCUUAUGACAAUCAAAGAUGCAGGACCAAUCAAAAUUGGGUGGUCGUCGAUGAGAAGCGCAAAUGCUGGCGUGAAACCCCCGAUUGCGAUGAACUUCGAAAACAAGCUGAACUUUAA